UCCCUCUCUCUCUGUACCUCUCUCUCUCUCUACCUAUCAGUUUCCCUGACCCCUUGUAUGUAUUAACAGAAGACAGGCCAUACAAUCCAGCAGGAGUUGAAUGUUUAUUCAAUUCAUUACCAACGCUUGUAUUGAUUGUUGAUUUAGGGAUUUGGGGGCUGUGGGUUUCCUCGGAUGUGAAUUGAUUUAAAUUUGUUGCUCAAUUCUUGAUGAAAUUGAACUUUUGUAAAGCUUUUGGUGGGAUGAUUGGGAAUUUCUAGAUUUUUGCUAACUACGAGAGAACUGAUGGAUUGAGGUUUUUGUCGCUUGUUUAUAGAUAGGUGAUGUGUUCUUGUUAAAGUUUCUAGUUCAGUUAUGCUGAGGAUAGUUAGAACAUUUGCCUUUUUAAAGAUUUUUAGGAACAAUUGGUUUUAUGAUUACAUGUUUAGGAAUAUGACUGAAGUAUUUAUCUAUUUGUUACCAAAUUUGAUGAUUUUUGUUCAACUGUCAGGAAACCCUAACCCCAGUCUACUUUUCCUCCCACUCAUUUAUUGAUUAGUGCAGUUUGGUUGAGAUUUGUAUGCAUCUGUUUAUGGAGUGUAAUUCUGAGCUACUUUUGUUUUCUAUCCGCCCUAUCCCUGAUUUUUGCAUUUCACUUGAAUGGUGUUCUGUGUUGUUGUCAUUCACCUUCUGAUAUUAUCAUCGAUUCCUCUGACAUGAAUUGUUUUUAACCCUUUGGAAUGAUCUAAUGAGUAUCUACAUUAAGUAUGAAAUCCUAUCUUUAUAUCUUUAGUUGAAUUAUCAUCCUGCAUAUACAUACCUGUUCUUCAGUCGAGUUAAUCGCAUUUUUAGUUAGGGGUUUUGCAGUAGAAGGUGUCAAUGCUGCUGUUUAUCAUCAUUCUUGUGCAGAUAAUGGAUUAAUGGAUUUACUGUAAACCAGUAUCUUGGAAUCCAAUCAUGGAUUCUUCAUUUCUUUCUUUCUUUCUUGUUCAGGGCAACAAUACAGUCUUACAGAUAUGAGAAAUUGCAACUUCAUUCAUUUAAAUCCAUUUAAUCUUUCUCUAGUAGAUUAAGUGAGUUUCUGACAGUAGACAUACAAUUUUUCUCCUAUGCCGAAUGAUCAGGUUCGCAGAAAUUUCCAACUACAAAACUCAAGCUGUUCUAACAAGAAGAUCGAUAGGCCAUAGAGUUUGCAGUCUUAUACUCCAAUGGGACCUGGGGAAGAAGGCACGCCUACAAAGUCUUCCAAACCUGCAUCCUCGGUGCAGGUUUAUUUUUCAAGAGAAGCUCCAAGUAUGCCUGCUACACCUGCAUAUCCCGAUUGGUCGAGCUCUAUGCAGGCCUUUUAUGGUGCUGGAGCAACGCCGCCAUUCUUUGCUUCAACGGUUGCUUCCCCCACUCCACACCCAUUCCUAUGGGGAGGCCAGCAUCCUCUGAUGCCGCCUUACGGGACACCGGUUCCAUAUCCGGCGCUGUAUCCUCCUGGAGGAGUCUACCCUCACCCUAACAUGGCACCAGGCAAUGCACCUGGAAUUCAAAAUCCUGCGAGUGUACAUGGAAAUAUCGGAUUGGAUGCAAAAGCCACCGAGGGAAAAGAGCGGGCUUUAGGCAAGAAAGCCAAGAGGACAGCCGGGCUCGGGGGCAAGGCAGGAGAAAGUGGAAAAGCUGCUUCGGGAUCUGGCAAUGAUGUUGGCACGCAAAGCGCCGAGAGUGGGAGUGAAGGCUCAUCGGAUGCGAGCGACGAAAAUGAUCAGGAAUUUCCCGCGACCAAGAAAGGGAGCUUCGACCAGAUGCUCGCCGAUGGUGCUAACGCACAGAACAAUGCGAUUCCAUCGAAUUCUCAAGCUCCGGUCCCUGGAAAUCCUGUACCUUCUGGACCUGUGACUAAUCUGAACAUUGGAAUGGAUUUGUGGAACCCGGCUGCUGGCUCCGGGUCGAUGAUGCUGCGCCCGAGUCCGCCGGGCGUUUCUCCGGGGAAUCAAUCUGGCUAUGUUAGUGAUCAGUGGAUUCAAGACGAGCGCGAAUUGAAAAGGCAAAAGCGAAAGCAAUCCAACCGGGAGUCUGCUCGGAGGUCAAGAUUACGCAAACAGGCCGAGUGUGAAGAGCUGCAGCAGAGGGUGGAGUGUCUGAUCAGCGAGAACCGAACUCUCGAAGAAGAACUUCAGAGGCUUAAUGAGGAGUGCAAGAAGCUCGCUUCUGAGAACAACUCCAUCAAGGAAGAGCUAACAAAGCUUUGUGGAUCAGAUGACGUUCAGACAAUGUAAUAAAGCAGCUGCAGCCUCUCUGUGUUUGUCUCUCUGGUAGCAAGAAAGAUGAGAGUUUAAUUUACCUACUAAUACCACACCAUUAACGAAUGUUGUUUAGUCUUAUAGUAUUAUAGAGAUCUCAUUUGGGUCUGUCUGUUUUGUCUGUACAAUUUAAGUUGUUGGAUUUCCAGUGAUUUGCUUGCUGUUGAUGAAAUAGGGUUUUUUUUUUUUU